AGAACACCUAUCUCUCUCGCGUCCGGCCGUUCCGUCCCCUAGCGCUGCAGCUCACGAGCCGCCUCCCGCCGUGAUCCCCGUCGCCGCGCGCGCCGGCCGCCGGUCGGCUCCCGCCGGAGAUCGGCGCCUUCUCCGCGCCCGACUCCAACUAACCUCGCCGCCCGCGCCGUGCCCUCCUCCCUCCUCGGCCGCCGCAUCGGCCUCCUCCCCCACCUCUCCCGCUGCGCCUCCUGCAGCAACAAGGUGCUGCAAAGAUGCCGCAGGUGAUGGUGGUCGCGCGGAACUUCAUGGACAUGGUGGCCGCGCUGCCUGCUGCCAAACUCGACAUGCUCUAUGAUUCCGCCUUCAUCUGUGAGGCUGUGCUCAGGUCGUUCCCACCGCUAGCAAAGAAGUACGCGCUUCAGAUGUUGUACGUGUCAGCACCGAUGCCCGCUGCGGCUAUGGAGGAGUGGGUGCUGGAUGAGUAUGCCUCCAAACACAAGGUUGCCAUCGAUAGGCUGCUCCAACUUAGGGUCUUUGUCGAAGUACGUGAUAGAAGAAAAGAGGUGAGCUACAAGAUGAAUGAUAAGUUCCAGGGGAACAUGCAGAAGUAUUUGGUUGACGGUGGAAGUUUACCAAGGGAACCGAUAUCAUCAAGUGUCACUGGCAGAUUGCCCACACUAACAGAACUAGAAAACUACGCCCUUGAGCAAUGGGAGUGCUUUUUGCUGCAAUUAAUAAAUUCAUCUCAAGUUGAGAGAGGGACAAGUUUCAGCUCGUCUAUGAUGAAAACAUUUCAGCGAGGUCUUCUGAGUUCAAGGGAUGGCGAUGCUCCAAAGUUAAGUGAGAAUGGCUUCCAGUUUCUGCUGAUGGAGACAAAUGCGCAACUUUGGUACAUAAUGCGAGAAUACAUUUCAUCAGCAGAGGAACGUGGAGUAGACCCUACGGAGUUGAUCUCAUUUCUCUUGGAACUUAGUUUUCAUACACUGGGAGCGGCUUAUAGCUUCAAUACUCUGACUGAUGUCCAAAGAAUUGCUAUUAGAGAUCUGGCGGAGCUGGGGUUAGUCAAAGUGCAGCAGGGACGGAAAGAUAGCUGGUUCAUACCUACAAAAUUGGCCACAAACCUCUCAUCGAGCUUGUCAGAUUCUUCUGCCAGCAAAGAGGGUAUUGUGGUUGUGGAGACAAACUUUAGGUUAUAUGCAUACUCUGCUUCCAGAUUGCACUGUGAAAUUCUACGCCUUUUUUCAAGGGUGGAGUAUCAACUUCCAAACCUCAUCGUGGGAGCUAUUACAAAAGAAAGUCUUUAUGGUGCUUUUGACAAUGGGAUCACUGCUGAACAGAUAAUUUCAUUCCUUAAGCAAAACGCCCACCCCCGCGUUGCCGACAAAAUACCUGUUGUGCCAGAGAAUGUGACAGAUCAGAUUAGGUUGUGGGAGACCGAUCGAAACAGGGUUGACAUGGUCCUGUCACAUGUAUACGAAGAUUUUCCGAGCAAGGACAUGUUUGAGCAAUGCUGUGAUCUUGCAAGGGAUAACGGUUUCUUGCUCUGGGAGGACUCAAAGAAGAUGAGAUUGAUAGUACGAGUAGAGUUCCACCAAGAGAUGCGGGAGUUCCUCCGCAGGCAAAGAUGAAAGAAAGCCUCGGAUUCUUUUCUGCCAUCUUUUGAUCCCAAGGAAAAAUGACCCAUCUGGAGAGAAGAAGCUACUUCUCUUUACAACACGCUCCUUCAUGUGAAAGCCUGAGAAUUCACCUGACAACUCCUGAACAAGUUUCAACUGCAGCAGGCAGAUGCAGAGUGGCGAAACAUCAUAAUCAUUUUAAGUUGAGGGUCUUAAUCCAGUGUAAUCCUUAGUAAAUUGUUAGGCUUAGUUUCAGGUUUGUGCUCUGCUUAGUUUUACAGAAGGGAUGAGAAGAAAAAAACUGGUUAUAAACAAGUGUACUAUUUCUAUUGGUUAAUUGAAUUAUAAAUAUUGGCGUCCAGUGUUGUCUUCUCA